CUCCCAUUCCCUGAAACAUAAACCGAUAAACUUUAGUCAUUGUGGAGGUGUGUGCAAACAAAGUCGGUAAGACAAGCUGUUUAAAUAUGACCCAUUUCCCAUCAAUGUUUAUUCGGACGGGACAACUCAGCCGAGGACAAUUGUCAUGAUGGAGGUAACAUUAUUGGUAGCCCUGCUGGUCUCGGUGGCCUCGGCCCGCUCGGACCUUCAGUCUCACCUGUUCGUCGACUGUAAUGACAUCUAUCGCCAUGACAACACCAGCUCCAGCGGGGUGUACGCCAUCUACCCGGGGGGUCCCACCACCCCGGUGCACGUGUACUGUGACAUGGACACUGACGGAGGCCGAUGGACCGUAUUUCAGAGGAGGAUGAAUGGGAACGAAAACUUCUACAGGCCCUGGAAGCAGUACAAGACCGGAUUCGGGAAUGUGGCGGGAGAAUAUUGGCUCGGCCUGGAGAACAUCCACCUGAUGAGUUUGAGGAAGGGGUACGAGCUGCGAGUGGACAUGGAGUCCUGGGAGAACGAGAAGGCUCACGCCAAGUACGAGUCCUUCUCGGUCGACUCUGAGAGCACAGGGUAUCUGCUCCACCUGGGCAGCUUCGUCGGUGGAGACGCAGGGGACAGUUUUUCGAAUCACGGCUCCAUGAAGUUCACCACCUACGACAGGGACCAGGACCAGUGGGAGAAAAACUGUGCCCAGCAUUAUCUGGGGGGUUUCUGGUACAAGGCCUGCCACAUGGCGAACCCCAACGGCAUGUACGCGCCCAACGGCGCCAUCGGAUUUGAGAAUGUCCACGUCAUUUGGCACGCGUGGAAGGGCUGGAACUACUCCCUCAAAUCUGUUUCCAUGAAGGUUAGAGCUUCUAAUGAGUGCGAAUGUCAUUAGGCCGAUCGACUGCAAGACCAACCAGACUGUGGUCACACCUUGCCUUCCAUCCUGCCGGGAGAGGUGGGAUGUGGGAUCUGUUUUUUUUUGUUCCUACUGAAUUCAAAACCAAUGGAUAUGUAUACAAAAAUAAAAAUAUGAAUAACGUCAAA